AUGGUCAAUCUCAGAUCAGGUAGAAUGCCUGAUUUAUCGAGGGGAUAUGUACCACCUAGGGCAGGCUCAGCAAACACCUAUGAUGACGGAUCCUUAUAUGUCCCGCAACGAACCGCUAAGAGAACGAAAUCAGUGUCGAAUGACGAAUUUGAAGACCCGGUUGAAGGCAUAGAGAUGUCUGACAAUGUGGGCGGCCCAAGCGGCCAAGGCUCUGGCCAUGAUGACUCAGUGAGUGAAGAAACUCACAUGAAGCUGGAGAUCACGCGCCUUCAGCCCGAAGUCGAACGAAUGAGAGAUAGUAGAGGAGAGCCUUCUACCGAAGAGAAGUCUUCCGAUGAGCACACCAGUAUGAAUAUGCGACGGUUUUCGCUAAAUCUCAUUUCUCAAUGCCUCGAGAUUAUCUAUUUGUCUGCUUAUGCUCUAUGGUCUGUCAUCAAGGAUAACUUCUCAGAGAGGCCUGCAGUCCGGAGAACUCGACUAUUUGAGGAGUUGGUUGGAAUGACAGCGAAGUCAAAGGGAUCUGUUAAGGCAUUUAUCAAAUGUUUAAUUGCCAUCGGAACUGAGUGUGCCCGUAUAGGAUAUCAAGUGCAGGAUUUCAUGCACUUUGACCGACUUCUUACAGGAGUUAGCAAGGAAUGGGCUUCUUUUAUAAGGUACUCUGCCGGUGAACCUCCUAAAAUGAAUAUGAAGACGCCUGUGAAUAAUGCUCAAGACUCUUUGAAAAAGAAUAAGAGCGCAAGGACAAGCACUUCCAGCCUGAGACAAGAGGCAGAAAUGCAAUCAAAACAUGCUAUCACUGCCAGAAAGUUGGCCACAUACACUCUGAAUGGUAAGAAUAAAGACAAGGAUAAGGAUGGGACUGGUUCCACCCCAGUUCAAAACAUCGUCGAGAGGUAUUCCGCACAAACGGAGAAGGCUUAUUCUAGUGGCCAGACUGGUGGAGAGACAGGGUCCUAUACUGCGGUUCGGGAGCUUACGCCACACCUCGCAAAGAGAUCAUCGAGACUAAGCCUGAAAAGGUCACCGCCAGUCACAUCAGAAAUGGCAGACGGAACUACAGUCCCCGCUACGGCUGUAGCCGCAGCUGUAGAGAAGGUUGAUAUACCUUCUGAAGGGGCGAAAAUCCCGUUGAGUGAUCUUCGAAUGGACACAUCCACCAUUUGCACCAAUCACCAGAACAGCGAAGCCAGCGAUGAGAUUUUUCAUUUAUGUUGCGGGUGA